AUGCAUUUCAUCCUUCCACUCAUUCUCCUCUUCGCGCCUGGCAUGGUCCGACCGGCGCCUCAGGCUGGUGUGCCGGAGGCAACCGUUCCGUCAGUCUGUAACCCACUCAUGCCAAUAGCCGAAUAUGAAGCCUUUUCAGCACUCAAAGAUCUUUGCAUGUGUAUUGCCAACAAGGAUUACGAUGCCUGCACCGACGCAGCAUUCGCAGCGGACAAACCAGACGACAGCAUCCUUUGCGGCGUUCGCCAAUGCCAGGACUAUAACUGGUGCGAGAUACAGAAUCCAUGUGCCCAGACGCUCAUUCCAGGCAUCCAGAUCCUGGAUUGCAGCACCACUGAGAAGAAAUACCCGAACUUCUCAUCGAUAUCGAGGGAAUGGGAUAGACGAGGUCUUCCUCAGUCGUCUGUGGGGAACUGUCUGCUUGCCUCAAGCGUGUCGAUGCCAGCUAGUGUCAAGGUAUAUUUGGACUUGGUCAAAUCCGCCUUUUCCGUCGCUGGAGCAGUCGGCUCUACUCCAUAA